AUGGCUGCGAGAGCCCUGCUGCAACGGCGCGCCGCGCCGUUGGCAGCGUCCAUGCUCGUUGGAGCUGUCGCAUUCUCCCCCAAGCUGGCCCUUGCCGAAGCUCCAGAACCACACAGCUCUCACCUCAGGAAGCCCAUAUACGAUGACUUCGACGCCGUGCCCACAACAGCCACCCUCCCGCCGGCGAAGGCCGCCGUGAGGCCAGACACGCCGUCGUCCGAGGCCACCCUGGCGCCCGAGAACCCGGCAUCGCCCUCGCUAAGCGAGGUAGCGCAGUACCCUCAGCAGUACCAGCGCCACGGCCCCACGCCCACCGACCGCCUCGCCGCCCAGAUCCGUGACGUCCGCCUGUUCAUCUACCGCCACGCCUGCACCGCCGAGGACGCCGUGAACCGCACCAUGGACCGCGCCUUCCACCUCGAGAAGUCCUUUACCGAUACCAUCGCCUCCCUGGCGCCCCCGCCCGAGUCCGGCGAGAAGCUGAUGCCCGGGCUGGUCUACGUCCUGGUGGCCGCCAUGGCCGGCAGCAUCGUGACGCGGCGGAGCAACAUCCUGCUGAGGGCCACGGUCCCGGUUGCCUUCGGCGUGGGCAUGGGCUGGACCGCCAUCCCCCACACCAUGCGCAACACGAGCGACCUGGCCUGGAAGUACGAGCAGCGGUAUCCGGUCGUGGCGCAGGGGCACCUCCAGAUCAAGGACAGCUGGAGGCAGGGCGUCAGCUUCGCCCGGGUGCACACGCAGCUCGGACGUGACAAGCUUGAGGAGAAGGUCAAGGGUGCAAGGGAGACGGUGGAGGAGUGGGUGAGGAAGGGAAAAUAA